AUGGAAUGGAAGCCCUAUUGAGAGUAAUGCUAGAGGGCUGAGAGAGCAGAGUACUGCGUAGAGCUAUUACAUCCACAUACAGCCAUUGCAGUACAUUCACUAUCCAGACAAGACAGCGGUUAAGUGUCAGCUUGUAGACAUUUCAAAGUCUGGGGAUAUUUAGGCAAAGAUGGGGAAGGAUCCAACAAAACCAAGAGGCAAAAUGUCGUCUUACGCAUACUUUGUCCAAACCUGCCGAGAGGAGCAUAAGAAGAAACACCCUGAGGCAACGGUCAACUUCUCUGAGUUUUCCAAAAAGUGCUCCGAGCGAUGGAAGACUAUGUCAGGCAAGGAAAAGGGGAAGUUUGAAGAUAUGGCCAAACAAGACAAGGCCCGUUACGAGAGGGAGAUGAAGAACUACAUUCCACCCAAAGGCGAGAAGAAAAAGAGGUUUAAGGACCCUAAUGCUCCCAAGAGACCCCCGUCCGCCUUCUUCAUUUUCUGCUCCGAGUUCCGAUCCAAGGUGAAAGAAGAGACCCCUGGUCUGUCUAUUGGAGAUGUGGCCAAGAGACUGGGUGAGAUGUGGAACAAAACAUCAGCUGAGGAUAAGCAGCCAUUUGAGAAGAAGGCAGCCAAGCUUAAGGAGAAGUAUGAGAAGGACAUUGCUGCCUAUCGUUCUAAAGGCAAAGUGGUAGGAGGUGCAGCCAAAGCCCCUUCUAAGCCGGAAAAGGUUAACGAUGAUGACGACGAUGAUGAUGAAGAUGAGGAGGAGGAUGAUGACGAUGAAGAAGAGGAUGACGAGUAGAUAAAUAACAUUUAGAGCUUAGCUUGUUGUCUAUAAAGCAUUUAACCCCCUUGUAAACUUUACUGAGGCCAUAAAAUGGGUAAAAGAAAUAAAUAAAAAAACACAAAGGCAAAAAAACAAAACCAAAAAAAAAACCAAUAAGGCUGUGUAUAUGCUUUGUUUUUAAACUGUACAGUUUCUUUUUUUCCUUUUUUGUAUAGUUAACACUACAGAGGUGUCAUCUGUGUUCGUCCGAAUGCCCCAACCCUUAAUUUAGUUCUUAGUUUAAUUCCUUAAAGAUGGUUCCAACACCACUAUCCUCGCCUGGUACAGUAAAAAAAGAAAAGGUGGGGUUGUAAAAUUGUCUUGGAGUCAGUGGAGUUUUAGAUGUGUGCAGCAUACAACCUAGUUUCAUGUGAGGUUGUAGUUCAUAUCUUAAUGUACUUUUGUUUGUUUACUUUUUUUUUUCAGAUCAAAUAUUAUCAUCAUUAGUAAAUCGCCGUAUCAAAGUUAUUUUACUGUAUUUUAAAUACCACUGUAAUUGCAGAAAUGAUUAAACAAAGUAAUUGUUUUGUUCUGUAUGCUUCUGACAUCAAUAAACUUUUUUAAAAUAAA